AUGUACAAAGUCCCCCAUAUGCGAGUGGACAUUGUCAUGAAUUCUCCAGCAAGGUGCGGUCAAGAUGCGCUCCUCGAGAAUCUCAAAAGCUCCUCAGUUUUGCUGUUCACAACCACUUCUUCGCAUCAGUUUAGCAAUCUGGAUGAAAUAAACGUAGGCAUAUACGCUCAGCGUCUAAUAUUAACAUCCAAACUACUUGAAGCUGUAAACCAGUCCCUUCAAAAGGCGUCGAUGCGCUGUCGACAGGCGAAUGCUACUCCGACGAGGGAAAAAGAGACAACCACUUCAGAAGGUCCUGACGAUUCAAGCCUUGCCGUCUGCGCAUCCGAUACCGACCAGACGACCGACGGUCUGGCGAUCUUCGAGCCAGAGGCAAUCGGUCUACCCGCAGUCUUUGCUCAGCUCAUGCAUCUGGGCACGACAGUCCUUUUGUCCGACCGAGACUUGCCGGCCCCUGGUGGUCUGAUACCCGGCCCCGCGUUGGUC